UGGGAAGUUAGUUUUCAAGAGUGGCUGGCACGCCCACCAAUCAGGUGGCAGGUAGGCAGUAACUCCGCCAAUGAGGGAGUGAGUUAGAGACAGGGAAGCGGUGUCGGUAAGUCGGUGCUUGGUAGCCGCUUCCAUGGCCUCCGCGGGCAGUCUGCUGGUCCUGCUCCUGCCCCUGGCAGCGUGCACGUUCACACAGCCCCAGGACACCGAGCUCACGUUCCUGCUGCCGGCUGGGAGACAGGAGUGCUUCUACCAGGGGGCUCUUUACAAUGACAGCAUGGAGAUAGAGUACCAGGUAAGAUAAUAUAUAUAAUACCCCAUAUAAUAAUACCAGGGGGCUGUGUACAAUGACAGCAUGGAGAUAGAGUACCAGGUAAGAUAAUAAUAUAUAAUAUAAUAAUAUAUAUAAUAAUACCAGGGGGCUUCCUGUACAAUGACAGCAUGGAGAUAGAGUACCAGGUAAGAUAAUAAUAUAAUAUAAUAAUACCAGGGGGCUCUGUACAAUGACAGCAUGGAGAUAGAGUACCAGGUAAGAUAAUAUAUAUAAUAUAAUAAUACCAGGGGGCUCUGUACAAUGACAGCAUGGAGAUAGAGUACCAGGUAAGAUAAUAAUAUAUAAUAUAAUAAUACCAGGGGGCUCUGUACAAUGACAGCAUGGAGAUAGAGUACCAGGUAAGAUAAUAUAUAUAAUAUAAUAAUACCAGGGGGCUCUGUACAAUGACAGCAUGGAGAUAGAGUACCAGGUAAGAUAAUAAUAUAUAAUAUAAUAAUACCAGGGGGCUGUGUACAAUGACAGCAUGGAGAUAGAGUACCAGGUAAGAUAAUAAUAUAAUAUAAUAAUACCAGGGGGCUCUGUACAAUGACAGCAUGGAGAUAGAGUACCAGGUAAGAUAAUAUAUAUAAUAUAAUAAUACCAGGGGGCUCUGUACAAUGACAGCAUGGAGAUAGAGUACCAGGUAAGAUAAUAAUAUAUAAUAUAAUAAUACCAGGGGGCUCUGUACAAUGACAGCAUGGAGAUAGAGUACCAGGUAAGAUAAUAUAUAUAAUAUAAUAAUACCAGGGGGCUCUGUACAAUGACAGCAUGGAGAUAGAGUACCAGGUAAGAUAAUAAUAUAUAUAAUAAUACCAGGGGGCUGUGUACAAUGACAGCAUGGAGAUAGAGUACCAGGUAAGAUAAUAAUAUAAUAUACAACACCAGGCUCUGUACAAUGACAGCAUGGAGAUAGACAGGUAAGAUAAUAAUAUAUAAUAUAAUAAUACCAGGGGGCUCUGUACAAUGACAGCAUGGAGAUAGAGUACCAGGUAAGAUAAUAAUAUAUAAUAUAAUAAUACCAGGGGGCUUCCUGUACAAUGACAGCAUGGAGAUAGAGUACCAGGUAAGAUAAUAUAUAAUAAUACCGUGGGCUCUGUACAAUGACAGCAUGGAGAUAAAGUACCAGGUAAGAUAAUAAUAUAUAAUAAUACCAGGGGGCUCUGUACAAUGACAGCAUGGAGAUAAAGUACCAGGUAAGAUAAUAAUAUAUAAUAAUACCGUGGGCUCUGUACAAUGACAGCAUGGAGAUAAAGUACCAGGUAAGAUAAUAAUAUAUAAUAAUACCAGGGGGCUCUGUACAAUGACAGCAUGGAGAUAAAGUACCAGGUAAGAUAAUAAUAUAUAAUAAUACCGUGGGCUCUGUACAAUGACAGCAUGGAGAUAAAGUACCAGGUAAGAUAAUAAUAUAUAAUAAUACCAGGGGGCUCUGUACAAUGACAGCAUGGAGAUAAAGUACCAGGUAAGAUAAUAAUAUAUAAUAAUACCGUGGGCUCUGUACAAUGACAGCAUGGAGAUAAAGUACCAGGUAAGAUAAUAAUAUAUAAUAAUACCAGGGGGCUCUGUACAAUGACAGCAUGGAGAUAGAGUACCAGGUAAGAUAAUAAUAUAAUAUAUAAUAAUACCAGGGGGCUGUGUACAAUGACCGCAUGGAGAUAGAGUACCAGGUAAGAGAAUAAUAUAUAAUACCCCGUAUAAUACCAGGGGGCUUGCUAUCCCCUGUAUAAUAAUACCAGGGGGCUUGCUAUCCCCCGUAUAAUAAUACCAGGGGGCUUGCUAUCCCCCGUAUAAUAAUACCAGGGGGCUUGCUAUCCCCCGUAUAAUAAUACCAGGGGGCUUGCUAUCCCCCGUAUAAUAAUACCAGGGGGCUUGCUAUCCCCCGUAUAAUAAUACCAGGGGGCUUGCUACAACCCGUAUAAUAAUACCAGGGGGCUUGCUACACCCCGUAUAAUAAUACCAGGGGGCUUGCUACACCCCGUAUAAUAAUAAUACCAGGGGGCUUGCUACACCCCGUAUAAUAAUAAUACCAGGGGGCUUGCUACACCCCGUAUAAUAAUAAUACCAGGGGGCUUGCUACACCCCGUAUAAUAAUAAUACCAGGGGGCUUGCUACACCCCGUAUAAUAAUAAUACCAGGGGGUUUGCUACACCCCGUAUAAUAAUAAUACCAGGGGGGAAGAGGGACUUGCUAUACCCCGUAUAAUAAUAAUACCAGGGGGGAAGAGGGACUUGCUAUACCCCGUAUAAUAAUAAUACCAGGGGGGAAGAGGGACUUGCUAUACCCCGUAUAAUAAUAAUACCAGGGGGGAAGAGGGACUUGCUAUACCCCGUAUAAUAAUAAUACCAGGGGGAAGAGGGACUUGCUAUACCCCAUAUAAUAGUACCGGCUUAGAGUGGCUUACCAUACAACAGAUAACAUAGUACCAGGUGAGAGGGGGCACCUCAUUGGAGUUACCAUACCCCAUAUUGUUAUUUGGGUAAUAUCUAUUACUAUUCAGCUGCCGAAUUGUCUAAUUCCGAGAGCGUGCGUUGAAAGUCCCACUGGGAGAAAGGUGCUAUAUAAAUACUAGUUAUAUAUAAUAGUACCGGGUGAGUGGGACUUGCCAUACCCCAUAUAACACAGCACCAGGUGAGUAGGGGGAAAGUUACCAGAACCCAUAUAACAAAAUACCAGGUGAUUGGGGGCAGGUCAGACUGGGAGUUAUAAGCAAUGUAAAAGUACCAGGUAAGUGGGGACAGAGUGUUACAGAACCCAAAUAACAAAAUAGCUGGUGAGUAGGGGGCUGCUCAGAGAGGGAAUAAUGAGAAUCAUUCCUCAAUACAACACAUUUCCAGGUGAGUGGGGGCAGAGAGUUUUCAGACCAUACCCCAUAUAACACAGUACCAGGUGAGGGAGGCACAGGGCAGAGAGUUACUAGAACCAGAACUCGCAUAACAAAAUAGCAGUUGAGAGGGGGCACAGGGCAGCUCAGACUGGAAGUUAUCAUACCACAUAUAAAAUAGCUGCAGGUUAGUGGGGGCAGAGAGUUACUAGAACUAUACUCCAUAGUACACCACAUCAGGUGAGUGGGUACCUGAUGACCAUACCCUAUGAUAACACAGUAUCAGGGGGGCGGGGGGGCACCGGGCAGCUCUGACUGGGCAGUAUGAGAAACAUUCUGCCAAAUAACACAGUACCUGGUGAGAGGUGGCACAUGGCAGCUCAGACAAGUUGUCAGGUGAUGGAUACAAGUAAUGCUGCAAUAUUAGAAUGGGACAUUUAUUAAAAAAAAUUAAAAAAUCUAGAAACAAACAUUUUUUGUUUCUAUAUUUUUAUAAAUGUCCAGAAGAAAAAAGUACGCAUGGUGAUAGAAAUGAUGGCGUUGGUAACAAAAAGCAUUUUUUUUCCCUUCUAAAAAAAAUCAAAUAAAAAAUUGUGUAAAUAAUGUAUGAGGGCAGUUCUGGGACUGUGAAACUGGAAAACCCACAUUUCUGUUGGAACAAGGCUUUUCAGGUCCACCAAGUUUUCCAGGACAUGCAACUUUUUUAUCUUGAUGUGCUGCAAAUGAGGUGUAUAUUUGUACAGAGAUUCAGAGUGUGUGGAGGAUCGGUGUAUUUCACCCCUCUCCCUUCUCAUGGCUUGUGACAAGGCUUGACAAAGACCUGCUUUAAAGGAAAACUAUAUAUAGUGCAAAAUGGAUUGACCAAGGACCAAGUCUCACUUCACGCUCAUUAUGGAAGCACCAUCUAAUGGUGGUAGUGUUCCAUUCACUUGAGGUAGCCCUGCAAUAUAAACAUGGUUUUAGCUCUGAAACAGCAGUGUAUUACAUUGCGGGAGCAAAACGCCAGGGGCAUUGCGCACAGACCACUUAGAGGGACACUAUAGUCACCAGAACCACUACAGCUUUAUGUAGUGGCUCUGGUAUCUAUAGCCUGUCUCUGAAGGCUAAGCAUUAUAAAUGCUGCCUUCUAAGAGACAGCCACUAGAGGUGCUUCCUAGUGUAGUGCUCCACAGCGUCUCCAUGCUCUGCAUAAAGCGGCUGAAUGCUCCACAUAGAGAUGCAAUGAUUCAAUGUAUCUCUGAGGAGAUGCUGAUUAUCACAGUGUGGCAUUUUGCUGCACAUGCACAAUAGCUUCCCAAUGCUGUCCUAUGGGAAAGCUUUGGAUUGGAUGCGAUCCUCAAGAUUGAUGAUCUCAGCAAUGGAGGUAGAGCAAGCUGCGGCGAUAAAGGAUUUGUUUAACACCUUCUUACUCCACAGAUAAGGCCUCUACACCUAAGUGUAUCCAUGCUCUAUAGUGUUACUUUAUUUGAGAUGAAGUGGUCUAGGUGCCUUUUAAGGCUGACAAUUUGCCAUCUUAUGGGAUUACAAUAAAUGAAUUGGAUUGCAUAAAAUGGCAAGAUGUUAACUAGUGGUGUGCUGGACGGUUUUCUGCUUGCCUGUUUGACCGAACCGUCUCUUCCACCUCUGCGUUACAUUAGUGUGUGCUUGCUAAUGCUAAACUUCAAAUUGCUGUUUCCAUAUCUAGGCUGGCAUGAUAGUCUACUGUGUAUAUAGAGCUCAGACGUGGUAAAAAUGCGGAAGGACGGCUAGCAUUAGCUGAGCAGCAUUGGCUAAUUCAUAGAGCUCAUAACUGCAAGCUGGAAUGUGCUUGAAACACAGGAACUUUAAAGGAAUUUUACUUUUAAUAUUUCUAAAGGGUCACUAUAGGCAUCAUAGUAAGUUUAAGGUGCAUAGAAUUCCCUGCUUUAACUCUCCACUCUGAGAAGCCAACAACUGCAGAGAUUUAUGAAAAUGUCACUACGAUAAGCCUGUCCCUUAGAGUGAUCAAUUAGGCGACCUGAAUGCUCUGUUCCUUCUUCCUGGUAUCCAUUUUGUGGUGAAUGUUUUGUGGGCUUAGCCCUGUCUCUUCUCCCAUUGCCCAUAAGCAACAUCCUAAUGUUCUAGGCUGAUGCCUUUGGGCCAAUAAUGAAGGUUCCAAUGUCUUUGAGAGUAACGGUGCACACUUUAUAUCUUUUAUCAGGUGAUUGGAGGUGCUGGACUUGAUGUGGAUUUUACGAUCACCACUCCUUCAGGGGUUUUGCUUAUUAUGGAGCGACGUCGAUCUGAUGGAGUGCACACGUAAGUGAUUAAGUGUCAGGGCAACGACCGGCAUCUUCUCUUUAGUUUUCAUAGAUAGUCAAUAGUUGGCUAACAAUUCCAAUUGUACAGUGCUGUAAAAUAGGUGAACAUGACAAAUGUUUAAAGGAUCACUAUAGGGUCAGGAACACAAACCUGUAUUCCUGCCCCUAUAGUGUUAAAACCACUAUCUAUCCCCCCUGGGCCCCUCAUGCCUCCAUAAAUAUAGUAAUAAUCUUACUGUAUUCAAGCCUGAAGCUGUAACUCUGCAUGCUGUUAGACUCAGAAAACAAGCAGUCUGCUGACAUCAUCAGAAGUGGUAGCCUGAUCCAAUCACAAUGCUUCCCCAUAGGCUUGGCUGAGACUGACAAGGAGGCAGAUUAGGGGCAGAGCCAGCAUGAUUCAAACACAGCCCUGGCCAAUCAACUUCUCCUCAUAGAGAUGAAUUGAAUCAAUUAAUCUCUAUGAGGAAAGCUCAGUGUCUGCAUGCAGAGGGAGGAGAUACUGAAUGUUUGGAUGCAUUUUAGGCAGCCAUGGCCCAGGAAGGAUCUCUAACAGACAUCUAAGGAGUGGCCAGUGAAGUUAUCACUAGGCUGUAAUGUAAACACUGCAUUUGUUUCUGAAAAGACAGUGUUUACAGCAAAAGGCCAGAAGGUAAUGAUUCUACUCACCAGAACAAAUUCAAUAAGCUGUAGUUGUUCUGGUGACUAUAGUGUCCUUUUAAUUCUAACACAUGAUUGACGUACUGGAACAGUAGGUGAAGAAGGCCCUGUCUAAACAAGCUUACCACUGGCCUGUAUCUGAUCUAUGAGUAAAAGUCCAUGUUGGUUUAAGGUAAUUGAAGCUAUGAACUGUAGGACGGCUAGUAACUGCUCUGAUUGAUUCAACAGCCAGAGUUCUGUAAUGUUCUUUAUGUUUAUAUUGGUCACCCAACACAUACUGCUAUGUUAUAUUGGCCGCCGAGCCUACUUGAAUCUCUGGUGACACGGUUCAGAACUUCAGAAUUGCAGAAGCUGCAUGCUGAUCCCAAUGGUCCUUCAUAGGCUGAGGGAAUCUGCUGCACCCUCUCUGCCAGAUUUCCUAUUGGAGCCACUCCAGGCUACAUAAUGACGCUGCCAGAAGUAGAGUUAAACCUCCAGCAGAACUGGGUUAGAUGUUGGUUAAAACCUGCGCAUACAGGCUCCAGGUUCAAUUUGCACUUCAAAUCCCUGAAGGGGGUCCUGCUUUGUGGAGUAACACACUAAUUUUGGUGUAAAACUUGCCAUGUAAACGAGUAGUUUGUUCAUAAACCUCCAGCUACUGUCUUCUUCUAACAUAAUUCUCUUUUCCACCUUUUAUUUAAUUUGUUUUUCCUUGUUAGGGUGGAACCUGCUGAAGCCGGCGACUAUAUGAUUUGCUUUGAUAAUUCAUUUAGCACAAUCUCAGAAAAACUUGUUUUCUUCGAGAUUAUAUUUGAUACACGACCAGGCGAUGAAGAACCAGAUAACUGGUCUGAAAUGGUGGAACCAGAUGAACUCUUAGACAUUAAAAUUGAGGACAUAAAGGUAGGUCAAAGAGGGGGUGGGGGGGGAUACAAAUUCUAAAUCCACCCCUGUCUGGUACUGCAGCUGUGCCUUACAUCACAAGUUUUGUUUCCAAUAAUGUUCUCAUGACUUUCUGACCGGGUAGAAAAUAUCUCUUAAUCUAUUUAUUAGCUAGUGAUUUCACCCCUGCAAUGUACUGAAGAAAUUGAAUCACUCAUCAGAAGGAAACUCUGAGGAACAGGUACUGAUUUGUCUACUUUAAUAAGAUUACCUUUCCUGCUCACGGACUGAGAAGGAGUAGAGUUCUGCCUUCUGAAGAUCUUACUUCUUACAGGAAACCUGCACAGUAUAGCCAGUUUCUAGUCACCAACUUUUUAAAAGACAUCCAAAGCAUGGUCUUUAUUGAAUGUCUCUAGUAAAUCAUAGGCUCUUUUCAGAAUGUGUCAUAAUUCUAAAAAAACCCAAACCUCAGAUUUCUUAACCCCUUAAGGACCAAUGUCUUUUUGAGAUUUACCACGUUUGUGACCAAGGCGGUUUUUGCAAUGCAUUCAUUCCUCCACAAAUUCCCUGCUUCUGUUUAAGUGCACCCAUACAUAUUGUAAGUAUUUAACCCCUUUUUUUUUUGUGCAAAAGUAAAUGCAAAUACAGAAAUGAGAAAAGUUAGUCAAAACAAAUGUGUACUUACAGAAGUAUAGUUGGUAUAAAUGUUGUAUCCUUAAAAAGGUUUUAAGCAAACAUGUCUGAAUGUAAAUCAAAUUAUACUGCCACAAGCUAGUUAAGAAAUGUAAUAGGUGUUGUAGUGAUAAGCAGAUAUAGCCUGAGCAUGGCAUAUUGGUGGACAUAAAAAGAUACAUGCGGCUAUCUGAUAAGGGCUACAAGUUUGCAUCCACCUGGGGAACAAACGCAUCGCUAGAGACCUGCCUACUGAAGGUGCAUUGACCUCUAAAUUAAAAUUUCUAAACAAAUGGUAAAAGAUAUCUAUGAGUGUGUCUCUAGUAGUAGGUGCUGGGAUUACUGACUGCAUAUGGUCUGAUAUCUGUAGUUGGCAGAUUGACUGACUGUGAGUUUUUGAGGCCAGGUCUUUCCCUGUGUGGGCGCUGCGGAAGACUCCGAUGUUCCUCACCUGCCAACGGCGGGCAGUCUUCUGGUAGUUUGGGUGAUACAUCGGAGGGGCUCUCAGUGUGACCUUUGGCCCAGGCAUGCAUGCGAAAUGGGAGCUUUAGAUUGUUUUGCCCAAGACAGGACUGUUUCGCUUUUCCGAACCCAUCUGCUUCCCUGCCAUGUGUAGGUAGAUCCCAGAAGCGGGUAAAUAUCAGGUCCAGUUGCGUUUGUGCAGGCUGCGUGGAUGCUGGUGCUGACAGCCGGGUCGUGUCCGCCAUCUUGCUUGGACCGAUGUGGUAGGAGCUUGGGUGGUUGCAGUAUGCGGCAGGAGCAAUGCAUGCAUUUGGUCGGUUGGGACUGGGAUGAUCUCCGCCAGUCCAUGGGGAGGACGAGGGCCCAAGCUGUGAUCUGCAGUCAGUCAUAGCAAUUUGAGAGUCGCAGUCUCCACCACGCCGGCAAUGUUUCUAGGCCGCGAGGUUAGUUCAGGCAAGACCAGUACAAAGGUCCACAUGUGGUAUGGGUGUGGAGAUCAUGAUGUCCCCAAUCGUUUAUCAGCUAUAUUUUGUUACAUGCUUCUGCUCUGCGGUCAGGACCUGCCCCCACCAUUUACGAUUUUAUCAAAUGGGUAGGGGAAAAAAGGGUGGAAAAAACCUAUACAGUAUUUGUAGAAAGGAAAGCAUGUCCCCGAGGCUAUAUUAUAAGGAGAAAUUUGACACUUUCUCUUUAACCACUUUAUCACAAACCUUCACAAACAUUCUCAAUCCAUUCCCAACCCACACCCCAACAUAUAUAGACUUUAUUUGGGGAAAAUUCACAGACCACAUGUAUCCCACUACUGCAAACAUAGCCUGUUUGUAUUCUGCUACUUUUUAAAAUCAUAGUGUGUGCGUUAGUUUGUUCUCCCUUAAUCCAGCUAUAAUCCCACUCCUAAUUCCACCUCAAGAUUCUUUUUGCUGUUGUCAGCACUGACAUUGGCAGAGGAAUUUCCCAACUCACACCGUACAGAGCACUCUGCUAGCUCUAUGUACAGUGUGAUUGCAGAGCUCACGCUCAUGUUGUAGCAAUCAGAUGGUGUUGGGCAGAUGGCCGAACAGAGUAAUAAUCCUACUGCAGGGAGAGUUCCCUAUGUUAUCCCUUACACUGAUGGGACACUGUGCAAGGCUGGGCGAGGACCAAAGGCAUUCAGUUUACCGUAGCAGGGUGAUCACUUUUUAAAGGGCUAAGAGCAGCGCUCUACUGUUAGUCUGGGGGGCUACUAACAGUGGCCCCAACUGACAGAGGAGACCCCCAGGUAUCAAGAUACCGGAGCAUCCUUGGUACCAGCAGAGAGUUAACCUUUACUGUAUGACCGCCUAUGCCAUCACUGGGCAUUAAAGCCCUUAAGUGGUUAAAGGGCUGCUCUUUGUAGGUUGUUAAUCACCACUACCCACGAUAGCCAACAGCAGCAUGACUGCUAUCUUAGACUGUCCCACCAUUACUCCUCAACCGAAAGAUUUACAUAAACUGUUUGCAGAACACACUAGCAGAGUUGCUCAAAGAUGACUGUCUGUGAUGCACACUUGUCUAUUCACAAAGCAGAAGACUUGGCACAAACUGGGUAUUAUCUUAGGUAGAUUUAUUGUGCUGUAAAUUGCAAUUUAUGGGCGUCUAUGAGCCUUUUGUUUGACAGGGGCUCUCUUCUGUUUACCUUGGUGUGGAGCUGCCUGUUACUGGCUGCACUUGGAUUUCCCAUAUGUUAUGUUCUUCACAGCAUACUCUUGUUUUGACUGUUAUUUCUACUUUGAUUUAUAGACUUAAUCUCCCUUUUUAUGGUAUGCUCUUUGCUUUCUUGCUGCUAGGAAUCUAUAGACAACAUGAAGAGCAGGCUGGAACGCAGUAUUCAGAUGCAGACCGUUCUACGUGCCUUCGAGGCUCGAGACCGUAAUUUACAAGAUAGCAACCUCGAUCGAGUCAACUUCUGGUCGGCUGUAAACCUCGGAGUGCUGGUUGCAGUCACAUUCAUUCAGGUGUAUAUGUUGAAAAGCCUGUUCGAUGACAAGAGGAAGGUGCGGACGUAACAGUAUCAAAGUGAUGAAGACGGAGCCACAUUGUUUUCCUAGCACUGUCAACCACCCAUUCACGUCUUCCGUUAAUAUUAUGGACAUUGGAUCUGCAGUCCCCAUCAGAGCAAUGUGGCUGUAAAUAAUAUGAUCAACCAAUUUCAGCUAGGUACACAAGGCGAUAUGCAUCAGAUAACAGUGGAAAAUGGACUUGGUGGGCGGGUAAGGGUACACUUACGGACUCUCGUAUGGCGGUUUUAAAUAAGUUUUUUUUUUUUUUUUUUUCCUGCCUUUUAUUAGUGUUCAAUAGGAGAUCAAAUUCAACCAUCAUAUGGUCUAUAGGCAGCCAUGUUGUUCACAAAGUGAGGGGUAGGAAAAAUGUUUACUAAACUGUCCCAAAUACCUUCAUAUUUAAAAAAAAAAAAACACUUUUUCGGUCCUGUAAUUGUCAAUGUGCACAAUAUACUCUAAUUUGGGUCUGCAAUUAAGCAGCUCUAAAAACGUUUCUUUCAGCAAAUUGUACCUUUUUAACGUUAGUGUUCCAGAAUGCAUCUAGCACGGCUGUGUUCAGUCUGAAGAAAAGAAAAAAUUCGAAGCCGGUGCUGAAUAGGCUUUUCAUUUUCUCCCCUUUCAUUUUCUACAUAUUUCAUUCUUCAACUAAUGCGUUGAACUCUAUUACCUGAUGCAGAUCCUGAAUUCUUAGUGCCUUUUAACAUUACACAAAGUGAUCACAGUCGACUUUUUAUAUCUCACCCAUCGACUGCCCUGGUGCAAAUCAUGAUUAUUUCUGUUAAAAUGAAUAAUCAAAUUUCAAAACCACGAGGUAAAGGAAAGAUGUAGAGAGUGGCUAUUUUAUUGGUUUGCCUUAAGGCAAAUAUUUCUAUGCAAUAUGCCUAAUGCAGUAUUUUAUAUCUGGAAGGGUGUGAUUAGUUUUUAAUCUUGUCUUGAAACAAGUCUUCCUUUCUAAUAGUUAUAUAAUUUAUAUAUAUUUUUAAUUGCAGAAAACUUAUUUGCUAUUUUUGUUAUCUGUAAAAAGAGGGGUUUGUAUAAAUGCACAAAUGGUGUAUAUUUUUCCCCUUUCAUUUUGAUUAGCUGGAAGUUCCCACAGCUGUAGCUUAAAGGCCAGCGAAACCUUGUCCGUAACAGUUACUUUCUUACAAACAGUGGAAAUGGGUUUGUGUCAUUUCAAGGGGUUAACGGUCUUAUAAAUAAAGUUAUAUUUCAUAGAAAGGUUUUUUACUUUUUCAAAGAGCUAGGAGCUCACUGGACAAUCACAUUGCUGCUAAAGAUCUUUUUAUACCUACAGUGCCUGCUCACCCUCCUGCUAAAUGUAAUAAAAUGGGAGUUUUAACAGUUUACUUGUGACUUCAAAUGACAAAUGUUUUUAAUGUGAAUUUGUAAUUUGGGGACAAUGGUACUUAUGUUGGCCAACGACUCAAUAAAUUGUAUUUCUAGGUGUCAUUGUGGAUUUUCAAGAAACAAAAAAAAAUGCUAGUACUCACCAGGCCUGCAGUGGUUAAAAGUAAACACCAAACACACUAAGCACUGACAUAAUUUAAGGACAUGUGGUAGUUUUUAGCCUAACAUUCCGUAAUUUUUAAAUUGUAGCAUGGCUAUGUUUACAAACUGUGGGGCAUUGUGAUUGGCUGUAGGCAGGAGUCAAUUCAGCUGCUCAGCUACAUUUUGUCUUCUAAUCAGGAACAUGUCUGUUUAAAAAAAAAAAAAAAGUGACAGUGUAGCUAAGGAUUAAGCUGUAGAACAGUGCAAAAGAUCUGGAGCGGUACAGGCGCACCUGUAUGGCGCCGGAAUAAAUGUAAGUUUUUACUUUAUUUAAGGGGCGGGGGGGCUAAAAUGUGUUUUUAACACUAUAGGGUUAGGAAUACACGUUUGUGGUCCUGAGCCAAUAAUAUUUGGAGAAAAACAUCAAUUCCUCAGCAGACACUCACUGCUGAGAAAUGGAGGGCUAGAAGGAGCAGGGGAGACCUUCCACAGGCCAUCCAUCUGCUCUCCACCCGUAACUCCCUAGCCAGCGAUGAUAGCACCAGCUAGGGAAUAUAGGAAUGGAAGUGUAAUACUCACCCCUUUAAUUGGGGAGUGGAGUGCCAGGAAAGCCAUAACAGAUUCCUUUUAAUAUGUUUCAUGGUGCUGCUUUGUAGUUCUGUCUGUCACUGUAUAUUUUUUCUCACACAGGGAUGAGAACCUCCAAUAAUGCUUUCAAAUAUAUUUUAAUCUCCACCAAAGUGGUUAUGGUGCCAGGAUUGACAAGAUACCUGGGGUCCGCUGAGUGGAGGUCUCUCUGGACUUUGAGGCUUUCCUUUUUCAGCCAUUCUGUUCUAGAUUUGCUGGUGUGCUUUAAUCAUUGUCCUGUUGCAUGACCCAAUUUCAGCCAAGCUUUAUCUGUCGGACAGAUGGUCUCAUGUUAGACUCUAUAAUACUUUGGUAUACAGAGGCGUUUAUGGUCGACUCAAUGGCUGCAAGGUUCCUAGGUUCUGUGGCUGCAAAACAAGUCUAUAUGCUUCACAGUUGGUAUGAAGGGUUUGUGCAGAUAUGCUGUGUUUGGUUUUCGACACACAUCUCCACUUUGGUCUCCUAUGUCCAAAGGACAUUGUUCCAGAAGUCUUGAGGUUUGUUCAGAUGCAACUUUGCAAAGCUAAGCUGUGCUGCCAUGUUCUUUUCAGUGAGAAGAGGCUUUCCCCUGGCAACCCUUCCAAACAGACCACCAGGAGCUUCGGCUGGAUUCCAAUAGGGAGAGACAUGGCUUCAUUUAAGAGUAUUCGAGUCUGUGAUUAUGAGAUGCAUGCCUUCAUGACGGCUGGAGGGCCACUAUCCCUCACGCUUGCCUAGAUGUCUCUACCGCAUAUCCCCAUACACUACGAAGUUUGGGCAAUGGAUGAAACUUGCAGCCACGCAUGGAGCGACUUGUCACACCCCCAUGCGCCCCCAAAACCUGCAAACUCUGACAUUCCGUGUUAUGCCCUCAUUUCUAGCUCGACUUGUCUCUCUACUAAUACAGUGACUUGCUACUAAUUAUGUUCCACCUUAGCCUUGUGCAGUACAAUUAAAUGCUAGCUUGUUUAGGAUCCGUGGUCACCUUCUUAGAUGUAAGACUCAUAACAUACAUUGGGCCUGUUUAGUGCCAGCAUGUCUAGCUACCAUAUCCUGUUAUCAAUUCUGGUAUAUGUUAUUAGUUGAUGCAAACUGCACCAGCCUGAGAAGCGUUCUCACAAAUCUACCUUCACAGGCAGUCUGGGCAGUGUGUUGUGGAAUCCGGUGGCUCAACAAUCUUGCUUAAAAGUUUCCACCUUACCCAGCAUGUGAAACAAUUGUUUAUGUUCAUUUUUAUGUCUACUAUCCUUACAGACCACCAGUAUAGCCUGUUAAUUAUGAUCCGUUCUGUCUCUCCACUGUCUAACUCACUUAGAAAUGUAAUUGGUAAAAACAAAAAAUGGCCAGUUUACCUAUAUGCCAUUUCGAUGAUUAUACGGUUUGUUUAGCACUAUGCUUGCAAUUGCUGUUGUGGCCUAGGAAGCUUACUGUUACUCCAUGCACGAUAUAAAUAAAGAUUGACAAAAAUAAAUCAAUAACGAGGCCACUUUACUAAAUUAUAAAGCCCUGAGUAAGUAGCAACAAAUACAGCAUAUAUUACAUACAUGGGAUUCCAGCAUGGCAUGUCUGUGAAAACCAGACUGGAAAAAGGGUCUGCAGAUUGAAACAAGGAAC